GUUUAACCCUUCGUUUCUCGUAAUCAGAUAUUCAUCAGAAGCGAUGAAAUUUUUUCUUCACAAUGAAAAGAAGCAGAGCAAGCAAGCCCAAGGUGGCGGCGAUGGGUCCCUCCAUACUCUCCAUCCCACACUACAUCCUAAUGGAGAUUCUGAGCAAACUGCCCAUGACGACACUCAGCAACUGCAGGUGCGUAUGUUCGUAUUUCCGCGACUUGAUCUCAGACCCUCAAUUUGCUCAACUCCACCUCUCCAGAUCACAACCCUCCCUCUUCCUUCGUUCCUACUGUAGUAACUCUUCUAUGUACCUAGUAGAAUCGAUUCAUCCAUGCGUUGUGGAUAGCGUUGGCGAUGUUCAUAUACCCUAUGACACCCUUUUGAAAUUCAAACCUAAAUCCGAGGCACCCGCCAAAGGAUUGGAGGUUUUGAGUUCUUGCGAUGGUUUGAUUUGCUUUUACGGGCCUAGGACUUAUAACCCAUAUGUUGUAUGCAAUCCCGUUAUCGGUGAGUAUGUGAUUGUGCCCCAAAUAGAAAAGUAUAAUUUCGAUCAAUGCGGUUCUGGGUUUGGAUUUUGUCCGAGGACUAAUCGGUACAAAGUAUUGCGUUUUUUAUGCCCGAGUAGGGGGUUUGGGUUACUGAGAUUGGAGGCUGAAAUCAACACUUUAGGGACUAAUUCGUGGAGGAGAGUUGGAGAUGCUCCGCGCUAUCUGCAUUCGUAUUCUGGUGGUUGCUUUUUGAAUGGGGCUCUUCAUUGGAUUGUCCAUGACACCGAAAAUUGUUUCGAAUCGAUGCAUUGUUUCGACUUUGGGAAGGAGCGAUUCCAGCCAUUUCCAGGGCCAUCUCAAUUUUAUAGAUUUCUUGGACAGCUUAGGGUGAAUUCGAUGAAAAUGGGGGUGUUGAAGGAUCACCUGUCAAUAUCUCAUAAUCCUACUGAUGAUGUGCUUGAUAUAUGGGUGAUGAAGGAUUAUGCGGUUCAGGACUCUUGGACGAAAGAUUUUGUCAUUGAAAUCCCAUGGGUGGUAAAACCUUACUGCGGCCAGAUUUAUCAACCAUUAAUGGUUUUGAUUAACGGGGAUAUCUUGAUGCAAUUUGCUUUGUCCGUCGUCCUAGUUUCUUGUAAUAUGAGGGACAGAAGUAUCAGAGAGGUAAUGGUCAAUGGAAUACGACCUGUCACUAAAGCAAUGACAUACAUUCCAAGUUUUGUUUCAAUAAAGAAUGCUGCCAUAGGGAGGCACUCUUAAGGUGACUUCAUUGAUGAGAUUUGCUCCCGAUCUACAAAGCACGGACAUGCCUACCGGCCUCAGCUAUUCGUGUCCAACACGUGUCGGUCAUGGACACGAUACAAUACUCUCCUAGUUUUUAUUAUCUUUCUUACACAUUGUGAAUACUCCAGGACACGUUGGUGAUACUUUUGGAACAUUCUAAGGACACAUUAGAAGUUUAAAAUGGCAAUUUUCCCUAUUUAAAACUUGGCCCAAAGUGAAAUUUUUUAAAGAUUUAUAGUUAGUGUAUACUUAUAUGCAGAGUCGCAGACAGUUGAUUUGUAUCUUCAUAGUAUUGUUCUUAAUUCGAUAUUUUAUUUGAACUGGGGUUCUUAAUU